GCUAACAGAAUGUUCAGUCAAGUUGAAUUUGUCGCGGCCAACACGUCAAACAGACGGCGGCAGCAUUUGAAAAUCGAAAUACAAUAAAAUUUAAAAACAAAAAUCAACGUGGCCAAAAGUAGCUUCAAGCGCCCUUCACAGAAGUCAAGUGCCGAUUUUUAAAGAAUAUUAAAAAAAGAAAGAAUUUUUAAUUUAAAUACAAAAAACAAUCAGCAACACCAUCACCAACAACAACAACAAAACAGCAUCCAGCUUCAGCCAACUGGAAAAAAGUUCCCACAAACAAACAAAUUGCCAAAGUAACACAAAAAGAACAAAGAAAUAUAAAAAUAUACAACAACAACAACAAACCCAACGAAGAGAAACCAGCAACAACAAAUUCUAUAAUCAAACAACAAAAAUUAGUUUAAAACCAAUUAAAAAAAAAAAAAUACCGGCGACAAAACAAAAGAAAACACCAAUCGAACACCUUUAAUUGCCACGUUAGAAAUUUUUUAAUGGCAUUGGCAAAUUUUGUGCUCAAAUUCGCCUGGCCCAGCGAGAGAAUUUCGAAAUUUAUUUAUCUGAAUUACCAUUAAAAAUAAAUCACGGAAUACAGUUAACGCUUUGAAUUGCGGACCCCACUCCCCCCUUCCUGCUUUGUCGCAUGUGAAAUUUAUUGUGAGCUGAUUACAACAACAACAACAACAACAAUUAACUAUUCUCCAUAGAAUAUCGUAAAACUAUAAUAUUUUUACAACAACACUUAACAAAACAAAAGCAACAACAACAAAAAGAGAAAAUAACGUGAAAUGAACAGCGUAUUCUAAUUUAUGUGCAAUUAAAAUUUUUGUUUGAUUUAAUUACUGAUUUGGAAUUUUACCCCUCGGCUGCAACAAAAAAAAAAUCUAACCAAACUAGUGUCAUCAUGAAAAUACCAAAUAUUUUGAAUAAAAACGGUUCCAUGAAUGUCAACUCUGCAGUUGCGGCAAAGGAUACCACAACGGCCAUGGAGGUGACCAGCACAAGUGGCAAAAAAUGUUCCGUGUUUGGCAUCAGACAUUUGCAAUGUUUCCUGCUAUUUUGUGGUCUAUCUGUGGCCUAUGCCCUGCGAGUCAAUCUGUCCGUGGCCAUUGUGGCAAUGACUGAUAAGAAUGCAACAAAUCCGGACUUUGAUGAAUACGAUUGGUCGGAGAAAACCAAAUCCUUGCUGUUGAGCAGUUUCUUUUGGGGCUAUGUUGUUACCCAGGUUCCAGCUGGCCAAUUGGCCAGGAAAUUUGGUGGUAAAAUCAUGCUGCUUAGUGGUGUCUUCAUAUGUUCCCUUUUGACCGUCUUGACACCCAUAUGUGCUCGCCUUGGCGACUGGCAAUUGGUGUGUGCCUUACGUGUUAUGAUGGGCUUGAGCCAAGGUUUCCUAUUCCCCUCCACGCAUACCAUACUCUCCAAAUGGGCUCCCGUGGAAGAGCGAGGAACUUUGGGUACCUACAGUUAUUCCGGAACACAAUUUGGCACAGUUGUUAUGUUGGCCACCAGUGGUGUUAUGGCCUCAUCGGUUAUGGGCUGGCCAAGUAUUUUCUAUAUAUCCGGCGGUGUGGGCCUGGUGUGGUCGGUGGUAUUUUUCAUUUGGGGUGCCAGUUCGCCAAGUGAGUAUCGCAACAUAUCUCCGGAAGAAAAGAAACUUAUUGAAACAUCGCUGGGUUCGAGUAGUGAAGAUGAAACGACCAAGGCUCCAACCAGAACUCCAUGGGUGAAAUUCUUUACCUCGGUGCCAUUUUUGGUACUGACUCUUACCCAUUGCACCCAUAACUGGGGCUUCUGGACAUUGCUGACAGAAAUUCCCUCAUAUAUGAAAAAUAUUCUCGGCAUGGACAUAAAGAGCAAUGCUUUGCUUUCCGCCCUACCCUAUGCUGCCAUGUUUUUGAUGAGUUUUGUCUUUUCCGCCCUGCAAUCCCAGUUGAGUAAACGCGAAUGCAUCCCUCUGUCGGUGAGUCGUAAACUCUUCAACUCCAUUGGCCAUUGGAUUCCGAUGAUUACCUUGGUUUGUUUGGGUUAUGUAUCGGCAAAUGACACCAACUUGGCCAUUAUUCUGCUGACCAUCACGGUGGGCAUUAAUGGUGCCACCUAUUUGGGUUUCCAAGUGAAUCACAUUGAUCUGUCGCCAAACUUUGCCGGCAUUCUGAUGGGCAUUACCAAUUGUGCGGCGAAUAUUAUGAGUAUUAUUGCCCCGCUGAUUGUGGGCUUUAUUGUGACAGAUGAGAAAAAUCCCGAACAAUGGCGCAUCAUAUUCUUCAUUGCUGCCGGUUUCUAUUUCAUUGGCAAUCUGCUCUUUGUGCUCUUUGGCAAAGUGGAAGUCCAGAGCUGGAAUGAUGCCCAACCAAAACAUUCGACGAAUGGAAAACGUAACUCCACAUUUGUGGAGUCCCAACAUUAGUUGUUAUUUUUUUUUUUAGAGAAUUUUGUCUAUGUAUGUAUGUGUUAAUAUUCCUGUUAGUUAAGGCUUUUUUCCAUAAAUUCGGUUUUAUAGCCUUCCUCCGUAUUGUAAAAUGAGUCUGUAAUUUUCAACAGUUCCUUGUGGAGGAAGAAAUUGUGACCCAGUCUUCAAACUAAAAAUCGUGAGAAAAUUUAUUUCUGUUAAUAUGUUUUUUUUUUUUUUGUAAUUUUGUUAUAUAGUAUUAGUUAAGUUUUGUACAUUUGUAUGUCCUUGUUAUAGAUUUAACAAUCUUAAUUAUAGUUUUAAAUGUUAAAAUCAUUUUUAAGAAAAAAAUUAAACAAAAUAAAAGACAAUCGAUUUUUGUAAAA